AAAGAACCGGACGGAACACCCACAUCUAAGAUUCCCGAUGAACAAAAACGACUUCGAAGAAAUGCUCGGAGUACAAGGAUUUCCUUGUCUGAACGAGCUCUCACUUGCCAUCCAUGCAGGUGGACACGCAGUAUUUGAGGCUGAGGCUAAUGGCCGCAGAAACUUCUUUAUCGGCGGCGGUGUAGCCACCUACUCCAUCGGGGCCAUCAUUUCUCAUGACAAGAACUCGGCUAUCACGACUGGUUGCAUAAUAUUAGGGAGAAAUAUUCAGUGUGAUGAACGAUCAUUUUGUCUAUCUCCCAAUUCCGAUUUCAAUCCUCUAGCGAUUCUCGUUCUUAUUGCCUCAAUUUUGAUAGAUAAGUUACGUACGGAGCGAGGAGAGGUUAUUGUUACUCUCAAGAGAGUCGAAAGGCUCGUCGAAAUAAUAGAGGAACGAAACAGAGAACCUGGGUCGGAGGAACUAACACAGGGAGAUUGCCGCUCACUCAUCAUUCAGUUGAGUCAAAGCGCCAGGCCCCUUGGGAGAACCCAAACGAUGAUCGAGAGGGCCAAGCUUAUCAUGAAAUUUGUGGCAGAAACCGCAGAAGCCAGGCCCGGCCCCCAAAUUUCCGCACGCCUCCAUGAACGAAUUAAACUCAUACGGAGCUCGCUGGAGUACAUGUCGGCUGAUGUAAUCAAUCUAUCAGCAAGACUCACAUGUCAAAACACAAUCGCCACAAAUCUCCUCGCUCAGCAAGACGUUACCCUCUCAUUUCAGGUUGCUAAGGACUCGAAAGCAAUAGCAGAUGCGACUCGCAGGGACGGUGCUGCCAUGAAGAUUAUCGCCUGGGUAGGAGCUGCUUUCCUGCCGGCUGGUAUUAUAGCGGCUUUUCUCUCCUUGAUUCAGUUGCAAUGGGAUGUGGAGAAAAUAAUAUGGGUGUACUUUGCAAUCACGAUUCCUAUCACAAUUCUUAUACUGGUAGGUGUGGGGGUCUUUUGGCACCGGUUGACGCGGAUUCAAAGAGAGUGAGCCACUCAACGGGACGGCGCUGGGACAGACUCAAGAGAAGGGGAGGAAUCACUGCGUUGGGGGGUUCAUUCGGAGACAUGCCCCUGAUUCCGGGAGUUCAACACAGGAUGUCAAGGUGAAUGGGCAAAAUUGAUAAGAGAGAGAUCAUAUACCACAUUUCUACGUGGUCUGGAAUAAUUGGAUCCAUCUUCCAGAAGUUGGCAACUUGGCAUCAAUCAUGAUCCGGCUGUUGAUCCUUGC